ACAUGUCCAUGAAAUUAUGUUCUUUAAGUUAGAUUAAAAUAUAUAUGUGUACAAAGUUGUUAUAACCUAAGUUUCCUAGUGGUAUAGCUAUAAAAAGUAUAAAAUAUGACUUCAAGUGAUUGUACGGGAAAUUUGAAAGAAGCACUCAUAGAUACACUUCACAAUGUUCUCUCCCCUCAGUCAUCCAUUAGACUUGAAGCUGAGCAACAAAUAAAGGUUUUCCAAGUGACAGAAGAGUUUGGAGUGCAUCUUGCUGAAGUGGCUCUUGACAGAAAUGGCAAUCUUGCAGUUAGACAACUGGCAUCAGUUUUACUCCAGCAAUAUGUUGAAGCUCAUUGGUAUGAGGGGUCCCAAAAGUUCCAAGUUCCCGAGUGUCCUGAGUCAAGCAAGCAGAAGAUCAGACAAAUUCUCCCCCAGGGAUUGUAUGACCCAAGUCGUAAAGUGAGGUGCUGCAUUGCUUACGCGCUCUCCUGCAUAGGGGCCUGGGACUGGCCUGAUAAUUGGCCUGCUUUCUUCAGCCUCAUCACUGACGCCAUCACAAGUGGGGACGAAGAUGGCACCCACGGGGCUAUGAGGGUCCUCACUGAGUUCUCCAAGGACAUUGAUGACUCCAUCGUCACGAAGGUGGCACCCAUCGUCCUCCCUGAGAUGUACAACAUCUUCUGCCAGGAUCAGAAAUACAGCAUCAGAACGCGUGGACGGGCCGUGGAAAUCUUCAAGAACCUGGCGAGCGCCAUCAGCCUCAUGGGGGAGUUCAACAGGAACCUUGCCAAGCAGCUACUGUAUCCGUCCUUGCCGCCCUUCAUCCAGGCCAUGCUUAAGGUCCUGCACACUCCUGACGGUCCUAUGGUCGACUGCGGCCUCAGAAGGGACAUUCUUAAAGCACUAACAAUGUUGGUGACGAACGUGCCGCGGCAAAUGGUGGAAUAUUUGCCUGACGUGCUGAGCUUCGUGUGGCAUUCUCUGACCACGUCAGCUCACGCCUAUGUCAGCUGCACCGUCAACUGCAGGGAGCACGCCGCUGACGCCGUCAACUCUGAUGGUGAAGUGCUUGGCUUUGAGAAUUUAGUGUACAGUUUAUUCGAAUUUGUGGACGCUCUCCUGCACCACAAGAAGCACCGAGACCUCAUCCUGCCGAGCAUGGCUGACCUCAUCUACUACCUCAUCCUGUACAUGCAGCUGACAGAGCACCAGAUUGAAACGUUCAAUGCGGAUGCAGACGCCUAUGUUGAAUUUGAGGAUGACGAGAGCUUCGCAUACUCCGUGCGGGCGUCUGCUGUUGAGCUGCUGAGGAGUCUGCAGCAGGAUCUGCCUGCCACGUACUGCACCUGUAUCGUGGCAGCCGUGGAGCGCCACAUCCACAAGGCAGAUGAGGCUCGGUCUGGAGGCGAUAUCUGCUGGUGGAAGCUCUACGAAGCCGUCCUGUUUGCAGUGUCUGUGUCGGCAGACUGUCUGCUUAAAGAAGUUUUCUGCAGGCGUGUCACCUUCAACCUUGACAGUUUUGUCGAGGCCGUCGUCAAGAAAAGUCUUGAUCCUUCAUUGCCAAGCUAUCUCUGCGGCAAAGCUUUAUAUUGCGGCAGCGAGCUGGCCAUGGCUCUUGACACUGCAACAAUUGACAGCUUGUUACACUGCCUUGCCUCAGCUCUGCAGCUAUCCUCUCCCCCUGUUGUCAGAGUCUCUGCCAUCAGGUCCGUGUCUGGGUUCUGCGACCUGUUCAAUGGCAACAAGGAGUCGUGGGUGCAGGCGAGGCUGCGAAGCUUGGAGGGCAAGGAGGAGCUGGCCAGCCUGGCGCCGCCAGCCGCCUUCUCUUGCAAGCAGUCGAGUGAACUGCUGCGUCCAUACCUGGGGGCCAUCGUGGAGGGCUUGGUGCUGCUCACUACUCAGUCUCCGUCCGAGAUGAUGGCGCUGGCCCUGGAGCGGCUACUGCUGCUCGUUGGUCUCGACGCCUCGUUAUCCUCACCGUACCUGAGCCGCGUCUCGUCUCUGUGUCUCGCCGUCUUCAUCAAAGCCAGCCACGACCCCGUGCUGGUGUCCCUCGUGCAGGACCUCUUGCAGGAGCUCUGCACGCAUCCUGCCAACAACAACGCCAUGCAACAGAAGUUCUUCCCUACGCUUGUGUCCCUGCUCAACUCUUCUACUGAUAAGGUGCCCUCAGGAGUGCACGCUGUGGCACUGGACAUGCUGACGGUGCUGGUGCGGUGCUGCCAGAACCCUGACAAGGACACGCUCAUGAUGCAUGCAACGUUUCCUGCGGUGGUUAACCGCACGCUGCACACCGACGACCUCUCCGCGCAGCAGAACGGCGGCGAGUGCCUGCGUGCCUUCAUCGCUGUCGCUGCCGACCACGUUGUGACGUGGCGGGACGAGGAGGGCAGGUCUGGCCUGGACUGGGUUGUGGACGUGUGCCACGAGCUGCUCUCACCAUCUGCUCCUGACGCGGCAGCUGGCUUCGUGGGGCGCCUCGUGACGGCGCUCAUCCAUCACCUGUCCUCUCAGCUGGGUGAUGGUCUGCACAGACUGCUCAGAGCCGUGCUCAGCAAGCUGCAAAGCACCGAGACGCUGAUGGUGGUGCAGAACCUGACGGUGGUGUUCGCUCAGCUCGUGCACCGUCAGCUCGAGGAUGUGCUGGACUUCCUGAGCUCAGUUCCCGGCCCUGAGGGAGAUAGCGCCCUCAGCUUUGUGCUGACUCUCUGGUGUGCCAAGCAGCACGCUUUCUACGGCGGCUACGAGCGCAAGGUCACCGUACUGGCGUUGGCUAAGAUGCUGGAGCACGGCGUGCUCACAGGCGACGCUCGUCUGCAGGCGAUACUCGUGCCGGGAGACCAGAUAAUAUCGUCUGAAGGCGGCGUGCGGACGCGCUCCCAGGCGGCUGCUCGGCCCGAGCAGUGGACACGCGUGCCGCUGCUGGUGAAGCUCUUCAAGCUCGUCAUCUACGAGCUCUUCCACGUGAUCGAGAUCAACAUGGCUAAGGAUGACGACCCUGACGACGAUGAUGAGGACGAAGGUUGGGAAGACGAUGAUGGGGCCGAUGACGAUCCUUCGGCUUUAUACACGUCAGACCUGCUGAAGGACAACAGCCAUCGCACGUCUGAUGUCGUCGAUGACGAAGACGACCCAGACGCUGCUGCCGACCCCUUGUCCUCUGUACAACUACAGCCAUACCUCACAAACUUUAUUAGGACAUUUGCUCAACAUCCCGCCUACGCUAUGUUUACCCCGCACCUCAACCCGCACGAAAAAGAAGUCCUCACAUCCAUACGGGUGCCCAUUGUCUAGCGUGUCCCCUGUGCCAACUGAAUAGCUUAGAAUUUCUUAGCUUAACGUGGGCUCGUAGCCCCCCUCCCCCUUCCCUCGAGGUAUGAGCCAUCGACGGCUGUCCUCCAACGCCCCUUAUUCUGGGGGCCCUUGUUCAAGGCGUUCCAAAUAUCCACCUGUACAGUUAUUUUUUAUGGUUAAAUGCCAGGUCGAGGACUAACAACCUGCAGACGUGGCGUUUUGCGCCGCAUAUACUAUUUAUUUUGCAUUUGUGUAAAGCAAGAUGGAACCGUAUGUUCCAGCUGUACGCUUGUUGCUAGUAAAUUAAUUUCUUGCAGGUGGUCUUUCUCAAUGAGAAUGAUUGACACGCAUUCGUCCUCUGCUGAGGAACCCUUCAUUAAAGUAAUGCAUCUUAAAAUUCACAUUUAUAUAACAGAAAUGAGCACCAGAUUGAUUCAAAUUUGUAACAGUGUUAAACUUAUCAAAUUAUUGAGAGAAAGAAGUGAUUAUUUGACCGGUACAGGAUCAUUCCUUCAUUAUCGAGGUAGCUGUUAUCGAGUGAAUCUUGAGUCUCCUUCGGUGCCAGUGAUGCUGUCCUUUACUGUGUGUAAAAAGAUAUUUUUUAUUAGCAAUUUGUCAUAAUAAUUUUCGUGUUCUGGUGACACGAACUAUAAAGCCAGCUUGAUUGUACUGUUUUUAUUGUAAACCUU